CCUCCUCUUUCCCUCGCCCAAAUCCCUAAAUCCCCAUUUCAUCUCUCUCCCCAAAUCCCAAAUUCCCACUGUCUUCGUCUCCCUCUCUCAACCCGCCGAAGCUGUCCCCGGCCCAUCGCCUCCGCCGCCUCCAGCUCCAUCGCGGCCUCCUCGCCGCCUCUACGUCGCCGCCGCCUCCUCCAGAUCCAUCGCCCACUGGUCGUCGCCUCCGCCACCUCGCCGCCUCCAGCUCCACCACGGCCUCCUCGCUGCCUCCAGAUUCCUGUGUGUCUGCGCGAAGGCAGGCUGGAAAGCAAGUUUAUACAGUUGCUGCUUGGUGCUUGCUGAUGGAUUAGUUGGAAUCACUUCUUUUGCAACAUUGAUGAAAAUGUCAUCAAAGAAACUGAUAAAUAAGGCCGAGUACAAAAUAUUCAAGAAGGAAGGAUGUAAGCAUUAUGCAGUUCUUGGAGAGUUUUUUGGCGAGAUUACAGCCAUUGGAGGUUUAGGCAAUGCUUUCACUCAGCUUCUUCCAACAUCUGAGGAAGAAAGGCAAAUAGAAGAUGAUUUUCUGAACAAGGGACUGCAUGUACGUGUGCAACAAAAUGAUGAUGAAUAUGAUGAAGUUACAAGUACUCGUCAUGACAAACGACGACGCAAGGAAUCCAAGACUAGUAAAGGUGAAAAACUCGAUGCGUGUAUGGCUCUGUGGUUAUCUACAGUUAGUAUGAAAAAUGAAGAAACUAAACUUAAGAUGCUUUACCUGAAAGAAAAGCUUGCACGCAUGCAAGGAAAAUCGUCUAUUCAAUUCAGCAAUUGUGAAGCCAUUAGUCCAGAUCCGUAUUCAAUUAAAGUUUGCCUAGACAUCUUAAAUAGUAUGGAAGGAGUGUCUAAUGAAGAUUAUAUGAAAGCAAUAAAGGCUUUUAAGGAUUCGCAUUUUAGGAUGUCAUUUGUGUUGAUGUCAGAAAUUAGGAGAGGGCCUAUCUUGAAACUUCUUUGAUUUGCUUGAUAUUUUGAUUUGUUGUGUGUUUUAUACUAGCUUAGGUUACUGUGUUCUUUUAAUACUUUGAUGUUAUACUUCUAAACAGGUGUUUGCUUGUUUUAUUUUAAUGGAUGUGUUGGAGUUUUCAUAAAUAAUGUUGUUUUAGUAGU